CAAAGAUUCACGCCCCUUAACAAAGAUGUAUUGUUUUUUCCAAUCAAUCAAAAUUGCUGUCACUGGCUGUUGGCAGUCGCAAUUUUCAAAACAAAGAAAAUUCACAUUUUGGACUCUCUUUCACGUGCGAAAUCUUCUUCAAUAUUAAAACACGGGCAGACGGUGUUAAAAUUACUUAAAGCAUGUUAUUAUGAUGCAAAUUUAUUUCACGAAAUGGUUGCUUGGCAGGUGGUGGAUGAAAAACCUCCUCGACAAAUCAAUGGAAUCGAUUGCGGCAUACACGUGAUUGCUAAUGCAUUUUGCAUUCUGAACAGACUUCCCUAUUCCUCUUUUAACUCUGACAAUGCAAGAAGUUGGGUUGUAAAUACAUUGAUAAAGAGCGAGCCGGAACAUAACUACACUGUCAGUGAAAGAAAGAUCUCAAAUUCAGAUAUAAAGCGCAUAGUGUGCGCCUUCGCAGAGGAAAUUCACCGUCCACAGAUUACUACUGCCGAAGCGGAAAUCCUUCCAAAAAGUCUCCACGAUUCUGAAAGGGGCUAGUCUAUUUGUGGAGCUCCCUGGUGUAACGGAGGAUACGACGAAUCUGUGACGCAAAAUAUGUGUUGCGUGUGCAGACGAUGGAUCCAUUCAACAUGUCAGCAG